ACCUGGCGCAGGAAGUGGGCCUCUUGGUCAUUCUUCGACUGGGACCAUACAUAUGCGCAGAAUGGGACAUGGGAGGCCUUCCAGCCUGGCUGCUCAACAAGAAAGAUAUAGUGCUUCGCUCCUCUGAUGCAGGUUAAUUCUGAAUUCUACACUGGCUGGCUUGACCACUGGGGGGGACACCAUUCUGUUGUGUCCUCUGCAAUUGUGGCAAAGUCUCUCAAUGAAAUCCUGGCAAUGGGAUCCAACGUUAAUAUGUACAUGUUUAUUGGAGGAACAAACUUUGGAUACUGGAAUGGAGCCAACACUCCCUACGCCCCCCAGCCGACCAGCUAUGACUACGACGCCCCUCUCAGCGAGGCAGGCGAUCUCACUGACAAGUACUUUGCCAUCCGCGACGUGAUUAAAAUGACUUACAUGGAAACCGGGUAUGAAAACACCUAUACUGGAGCCAUCCAUAGUGGCGCUAGUGAGCAACCAGGAACUACAACACCAGGAAAUUAGCGUCAAAAACGAAGUCUGGUUUUGGCCGCUUGAACCAUACGCCCACACCUAUUCUAUACUUGACACCUAAAACAGCGUUCUUCUCAACGAAAAAACAGAAGCUGCCUGAGGAGGAAGAAAAAAAAGUUAAACUGUUACAGCAUCAGUUCCGUGAAGCUCACCAUGGCUGUUAGCGAAUGUGGUCUACUGUGCAAAUAUGUCCUCAUAAUUUUCAACAUCCUCUUUGGGCUGCUGGGCAUAGCAAUGUUUGGACUGGGCUUGUGGCUGAGAUUCAGCUCCAGCACUGGAGGACUUUUCAAUAUUGAUUUCAACACUAGGCAAUUUGUCAUCGGGGUGACGGUGUUGAUUUCGAUUGGAGCAGUGAUGGUGAUCAUUUCUGCCGUUGGGGAUUAUGGCGCCUGCAGUGAGAACAAGACUGCUCUGAGAGUGUUUUACUUCACGGUGGGUCUCCUGGCUAUUGCGGUGAUUCUAGCCGGAAUCCUGGCCUAUUUCUACAGCGAUAAGGUUGGAGACGAGAUGUCUGCCUUUUACAUGACUGUCUACGCAAAGUACGUCAUCAAAGAGAACCCCGGCCUGUCCGUCACAUUGAAAAUCUUCCACAAUGCGCUGCAUUGCUGCGGCAUUGGAGGAUCUUUGGAGCCCUUUGUGCGAGAUACGUGUCCCAGUACCGAAGGCUUCCUUCAUGCCCUGCUCAUACCCGCAUGUCCAAUGGUGAUCGAACACUUGUUCAAGACCAGAGCUCCAGUGGUUUUAGGGCUGUUUAUUGGAACAGGAGUUCUGAUGUUCAUUACCAUGGCGUGCUCAAGAGUUCUGAUGAAACAGAUUAGAACGUACGAAACAGCUCGUAUUUACUUCAACUAACCACCGGUCCGUCAUGCUCCGGGCAAGAACACCAUCUUCAGGAUCUUCUUUCGCCUCAUUCAGCAAGUUGCCCUCAGGUUUACCAGACACAUCUAUGCCAUGUUCUCCUUUAGAUUUUACCAACAAAGUCUAGAUGCCUUAAUUGUAAGCUUUUUUUAACUGUUACGCUAUUUUACAUUAGUGAGUAAAUUAUAACCUGUGGACCAAGAAAACCAUAAUGUCGCUGCACAUGCACAAGCAUACUUUCCCUUGAAUUUUCAACGCCCUCUCAAAUAUCCCACAGGAUAUUGAAAUUGCAGUUUUAGUCUUAAAUCUCAGUCAGGGUUAAUAAGACAAGUUUUAAGACAGUGACACAUUUAUUAACUGUUGCCAGACCACAGUACAUUAAACAGUUUAAAUGGCUGGUGUACUUGCGGUUUGGAAUCAAUGCGUGGAUGUGUCACAGUCUGUCCUAUUUGAAUCAUCUACCUGAGGUGCGUUCAAAUUCAGCGAACAAGGCGAACGUUUGCAGACUAUUUGUAACUUUUUUCCGUUAGCUUUGUGUUCGCUGCGAACAUUUGCAAACAUAAGCAAACGGUCUGAAAAGGUAGUUUGCGGCGAGCAAAAAUGGACGCUGGACUGAGGGAAAUGUUUCCAGAUGAGUUUUUCAAUUGAAGAUGCCGUUAAGUGUGAUCCGUUUUUUAAUAAUGUUAUUGCUAACGCUAGCCAAUGUUAUUGUUGUUCGCUAGCUAGCUGUUGUUUUUUUAUAUAUCAUCGAUGAUCACAGAAGCGGCUGUGAGUACAAACGCUCAUAUCUGUUUGUUUAAUGCAAACCGUUUCGAACGUUCUUAAAAAGCCGUUCAAAUUGAACUGUUCAAAGAAAAUGUUCGCCACGAACAUUCGCCUCUGUUCGCUGAAUUUGAACGCACCUCUGGUCUGCCACCCAGAACCCAGUGAAAUACAAACCAAAGUGGCGUGAUCCAUUCAGUUGGUCUACUCAUGAUACACCUCACCAAGAGUUAGCCAGCACGGCACUCAGGAAACUUACGGUGAGAGAGAACCCCCCCAAGUUUGAAUUGCUUGUUUCUUGGUGGGGGGUGAUGUUGCAGCAGCUUCUUUCUUCUGUAUUCUGUAUUUUAAAUAGGAUGUGAGGCAGUAGAUGAUGUAAACAUUUUUCUUUAUAUGACAACAACUUUUUUUUGUAAACUUUUUUGUAUUGCUAUGUUUUAUUUCUGUUUGGGUACCAAUGACUCAGGUUUGGACUUUUAAAAUGUGUAUUUAGGGUAAGUAAAGCAUAAAACUUGCUCAUUGUUUUAGUGAAGUUUUCUUUUAAUGGUGAGAAGUAAAGUCCAUUUCCAAGGCAGAAUGGGCUUAUUGAGUACACUAAUUACUAUCUGUACCCUUGAUAAAGAUAAGCACUACUACAAUAGUUAGCUUGCGGUUACCUGCAUAUGUUAAUGCUCUAAAAAUAAUGGGGAAAUAUUAGGCUGACAUUUAUGGUAAACAUUCAGAUGCUAUCUUUAUGAACUUGUGAAAACCACAACCGCAUGCAUUUUGUGUGACGCAGAGAUACUGAUGAGGAGAGAUAAGGAGACCUUUUUGAUCAAUCUUACCAUAUUAACUGGUUUGUAAGCCCAGGUCUCACAAUAUUUGUCAAGGUUUUCAUUGGACAAUAAGUAUUACUCCAACAA